AAUUUGCCCGGCCGCCGCCUUCUUCCCCACCUCCGACUCCUCCUCCCGCCAGUGCCACCAGCCGCCGCAGCCCUCGCCCCUUCUCCCCUCCACGACGUGCUCCUCCCACCCGCCACAGCUCCCAUCCCCCCGCGUGCCGCCGCUGCUCCGCUCAACCCAACCGUCGCCCCGGCCACCUUCUCGCGCCGCCGCACGCUCCAUUCCCCAGCCGGGAUCCGUCGACCGACCUCCACCACCUUCGUAGGCGCCUUUUCCUCCUCCUCCCCUGCAGACCUCCUCACCGCGGCCUUCGCCUAAUGGCUUGGACUGGAUUCGAGUAGAGUGGAGUGGAGUGGGGAGAGAUCCAUCCGGGCCUGAUUUUCCAUGCUGAAUCCGCGGCACUAGCCGUCGUCGGGCGAUCCCGUGCGGCCAGUAGUGGAACCAAGCAUGGUUCUCCCACAACGAACCACGAGAUUGGUGGAUGGCGAUGAUGCCCAAAGCUUCGUGCAGAAGCUUCAGCUCAGCAUCUCGAAGGGCCUUCCUCAUGCGGUGCCAGUGCCAGCAUUGAGAACAGAUGAGCAUGGACUGGUUAAGGCUGUUUUCCAGGUGCUGCAAGGUUUCGAGACGUCCUUGCUCUAUUGGGACUGUAAUGUGCCUGGGUACCGUGAGAAGGCGGGGAUAUAUGUGGCGCACCUGUCGCUAACUGGCCUCAGGUCUGUGCUGAGUCCACUCCUGUUUGCGGCGACAUGCUUGAAGGAAGUGGAGCUCUUUGUUGGGAAGGUUAGGAUGCGCAGUCAUGGGAUCCCGACGUUGGAUGCGUUUGGUAGCUCAGUUGAUUCUUGGCUUAAGAGGCUCCGUGAAGCAGCUCUGAAGGAGGAAGAGCAGCAAUUUAUUUCGCUCAACAGGACUAUAACGUUACUGGGAUUAACCGAUUCUAUGUCAAGUUUAUCUUCUGGAGCAGAACAUUUGUAUCAAGUUGUGCACGGAGCUGUGCCAGAUGGCUUUUGGGAUUCUGGUGCACAGAUGGCAUCUAGUGAAGUUUCAGUACAUAUUCUCAACCAUCUCUUCAAGAAGUUAAAUGAAGUCUGCCUUGUGGAAGAUGGCGAGGGCGAACCAUAUCAUAUGCUGCUGGUGCUAUUCGUUGGAAGCUUGCUACCUUAUCUUCAGUGUCUUGAUUCCUGGCUUUAUGAUGGUAUCCUUGAUGACCCUUAUGAAGAGAUGUUCUUUUAUGCAAAUAGUGCAGUUACAAUAGAUCAGCCGGCGUUUUGGGAAAUGAGCUAUAUGCUCAGAAUAAGAGGUUCAAGAGCCGACAGUUCAACAGCUUCAGCUGAUAAUGAAUCUAUCAGGAAAAAAGAAUCAAGCAACCAGGAAUCAACUACUGCAGGAACUUGCUUGAAAGUGAACAAUCAAGGUUGUCUGGAUAUAUUAUGCCCAGUGUUCUUGAAGGAUAUUGCAAGGGCCAUUGUUUCUGCUGGAAAAUCCUUUCAACUUGUUCAGCAUGUUCAAGACGUGCAUCAGAUUCAAACUCAUAAAGUUACAUAUGGGUCCAAUGUUUGUCAGAAUACUGAUUGCAGUAGUCAACAGAAAUUCUGGCCAGAUACCUCAAGUUUAAGAAUCCAAGAUGGUCAUCCAAAAAGUGAAGAUGCUCUCGAAGAAUCCACAAGUCAGUUCGGAAAUGAUUCUCGUGAAAUGGGACUCUUAACCUUGUCUGAGAUUUUCUUGAUAUGUCUAUCUGGCCUGUUAGAAAAUGGUGACCAUGUUUAUGAAUAUUUAAGAAGACCGCAUGCUGAUAAUGUUCCAAAUAAUAAAACUUCUGUGGAAAGUGAGAGCAAUGUACAUGAAGCAAAGGAUAUAUGUGCAGAGAACAGCACUGAGAAGAAUUGGGUAAAGCUCCUUAAACAUGCUACAUCAGGAAGGAAAUAUGAUGGUAUGGAGAACAACAUAUCCAGAAACACUGUUAUGGAUAAGCCAAUAUUUGUCCCUGGUGACCCACAAGAUGCAUCUUCCAAUGCAAUAGAAGGGUGUUCCACUUUAUCUUGUUAUGAAAAUCCAGCCAUCACUGCUUGCAGAGAAGUGCUACUGAGCAAUCCAAAUUCUUGGAGUGAACUGAAUAUCUCUGAAAGCUUUCAUCUCCCUCCAUUGAAUGACGGAGACAUGCGAAGAGCUAUAUUUGCUGAUGGACAUUCUGUAGGAACUAGCACCAGUGGUGAUACACAACCUACAACCUCUUUCCCCAGACUAGAUGGCACUGAUUAUAAGUUUGGUUUCCAUUUUGAUGAUUUGGAAUAUGUCCGCCAAGAAGAUGACAGAAGGACCUUGGAGGACCUUUAUGCAUUUCCAACUCUUCUUCCUUGUGCAAAAGAAAAUGUCCCUCUGUCGGAGAUCUUACCAAUGCAGAAAGAUAGUACAUUAGCGUCGAGAGUUCUGAAGUUUAUUCAGAAUAUGAGUUUGAAAGAUCCUCUUCAGCCAGUGAGUAUCAUCCAAGAAUGCCUUUCCCAAUGCAUAAAGAGACAGGUGGAUCACAUUGGCAAGCAAAUCCUGUUCAAGCUAAUGGGUGAAUGGAGAUUAAUGGAUGAACUGUUUGUGUUACGUGCUAUUUAUUUGCUAGGAUCAGGUGACCUGCUGCAGCAGUUUCUGAUAACAAUUUUUGAUAAGCUUGAUCGAGGGAGUUCCUGGGAUGAUGAUUUUGAGUUGAAUAAUUUGUUGCAGGAAUCCUUAAGAAACUCAGCUGACAAAAUGCUUCUGACAGCACCAGAUUCUUUAGUAGUUUCAUUAGCAACACACAAUGGUGAGGAAGGUGCAUCAACUUCCAAAAAAGGCCGUGCACUUGGUUUUGGCAUCGAUGCUCUUGACAUGCUUAAUUUUACAUAUAAGGUGUCUUGGCCUCUUGAUUUAAUUGUUAAUACAGAGGCACUGAAGAAGUAUAAUCAGGUUAUGGGAUUCUUACUGAAGGUCAAGCGGGCAAAGUUUGUUUUGGAUGAAACCCGAAAGUGGAUGUGGAAGGCCAGAGGCAGAACUGCACAUAAUUUCAAACAACACUUGAUUGUAGCACAGAAGCUCCUCCAUUUUGUCGAAGCGUUCCAUCAGUACGUCAUGGACCGAGUAUAUCAUAGUGCAUGGACCGAACUUUGUGAUGGCAUGGCAUCUGCUACUACGUUGGAUGAAGUUAUGGAAGUUCAUGAGGCAUAUCUUUCAUCUAUUCAGCGACAAUGCUUUGUGGCCUCUGAUAAAUUGUGGGCCCUCAUUGCCAGUCGAGUUAAGACUAUUCUUGGAUUAGCUCUCGAUUUUCACAACGUAGAACAGACUCUCAGUACUGGUGGGACUGCUCCAGCUGUGAGGACACGAUGCGAGAUGGAAAUCGAUCGGAUUGAGAAGCAAUUUGAUGAGUGUGUCGUAUUUCUCCUGAGGAUCCUUUCUUUCAAGCUGAAUGUGGGUCAUUUUCCCCAUCUUGCGGAUCUAGUGACAAGAAUCAAUUACAAUCACUAUUUCAUGUCAGAUAAUGGGAGCUUCUCAGCUAUUCCUGGGUCCCGGCCACGGUAGCAGUUGAGCAGCACGUACACGGAUGGUGGUACUCUCCAUUAGUGAAGAAUGUAUAUUCCAGAGUUUUGUGUCUUAAAGAGUUGUUUUUUAGAGGGGGAUACCAGAGUUGUGUUUUGUUAAACUCAAGAUUUGGAUUUUCGAGUGCUAUUGUUUAGAGAGGCAAAGAUACGUCUCCCAGUUUGGGUUCAAAUCCUUUACACAAGUUUAGGUUCAAAGUGAAAAAAAAAGUGUUGUCAGAACAUUGCUUUCGUAUUUCCUUCAAAAAUUGAAAGCACGAAAAUUUUGAUCC